CUAAUGCAUUACGAAUGGGCUCUCCGCUCCGUGUCUGUACACGAUUCUCUUCUCCUGCAUCCUUUCGUCACAGAGUCAAGCCGGGGGUCGCCGACAGCUGAGCCGCAAUGGUGGAGAAGUCCGACCGGGCACCGCUGCUGGACUGGGAGGAGGUUCCUCCGGCGGAGAAGCCUGUUCCCACCGCAGAACAGGAGAAGGACGUCAAGGGGCCGAGCCCCGCCAACAGUCGGGCGUUGGGAUGCACUGCGCCGGGGAUAGGGUGGAGCACCAGUCCAGGGGGUCCUGGGUCUUUAACAGCAGCAGUCUCUAGCACAGACACAUCCCUUUCAUCCAGGAGCACGGUCCCCACCACUGCGGAAUGGGAUGCUCAGUGUCCCGAUAAGGAUGACCUUACCCCGGCCUCAGGACAAGGAGAGGUGCCGCACGAUAUCAUGGUGAAAUGGGAGGAAAAGGAUCAGAUCGUGGCCGUGUUUGUGGUGACAUUUGAUACAAGAUCAGGUAAGUCGAGUCGAAGACCUCGGAAUUUUUUUGCGUGCUGUGCUGCUGCCCAGGGAAGCACCUGCAAGGUCGCACCCAUUUAUCAAUUUGUAACAUCUAUAGGCCUUUAGCAUCCAUGUAUAUAAUAAUUAUUUUAUUGUUCAUUAUAGGCCUACUGGUUAUUAUUUGCAGGAAUUGCAUCAGAGAGCUUGGGAUGGAUUCAUUUGAAUUAGGCCAGAGAAUUGAUGAACCCAACCAUGGCAUGCACUGGUCAUAUGUGGUAUUCGCCUACUCCUUGAGGGUGUUCUUGAACACAAACACCUCUAUAUUCUUACUCAGGAACCCCAAAGUCACAGGGAAUGUGUGAAUUAUCUAUGACCACACCCUAAAGGCAUCCCCUGUAAUUCACCUCUGAAUAUCAGAGAGAUAAGCCAUAGUAGGCUAGAUAUAGAUGUGCCCUUGAGCAAGGCACUUAACCCUAAUUGCUCCUGUAAGUUGCUCUGGAUAAGAGCGUCUGCUAAAUGACUAAAAUUUAAAUAUAUAUACAGUUGAAGUCGGAAGUUUACAUACACUUAGGUUGGAGUCAUUAAAACUCGUUUUUCAACCACUCCACAAAUGUCUUGUUAACAAACUAUAGUUUUGGCAAGUCGGUUAGGACAUCUACUUUGUGCAUGACACAAGUCUUUUUUUCCAACAAUUGUUUACAGACAGAUUAUUUCACUUAUAAUUCACUGUAUCACAAUUCCAGUGGGUCAGAGGUUUACAUACACUAAGUUCACUGUGCCUUUUAAACAGCUUGGAAAAUUCCAGAAAAUUAUGUCAUGGCUUUAGAAGCUUGUGAAAGGCUAAUUGACAUCAUUUGAGUCAAUUGGAGGUGUACCUGUGGAUGUAUUUCAAGGCCUACCUUCAAACUGAGUGCCUCUUUGCUUGACAUCAUGGAAAAAUCAAAAGAAAUCAGCCAAGACCUCAGGAGCAAUCCUUGGGAGCAAUUUUCAAACGCCUGAAGGUACCACGUUCAUCUGUACAAACAAUAGUACGCAAGUAGAAACAACAUGGGACCACACAGCCGUCAUACCGCUCAGGAAGGAGACGCGUUCUGUCUCCUAGAGAUGAACGUACUUUGGUGCGAAAAGUGGAAAUUAAUCCCAUUACAACAGCAAAGGACCUUGUGAAGAUGCUGGAGGAAACCGGUACAAAAGUAUCUAUAUCCACAGUAAAACAAGUCCUAUAUCGACAUAACCUGAAAGGCCGCUCAGCAAAGAAGAAGUCACUGCUCCAAAACCGCCAUAAAAAAAGUCAGACUAUGGUUUGCAACCGCACAUGGGGACAAAGAUCGUACUUUUUGGAGAAAUGUCCUCUGGUCUGAUGAAACAAAAAUAGAACUGUUUGGCCAUAAUGACCAUCGUUAUGUUUGGAGGAAAAAGGGGGAUGCUUGCAAGCCGAAGAACACCAUCCCAACCGUGAAGCACAGGGGUGGCAGCAUCAUGCUGUGGGGGUGCUUUGCUGCAGGAGGGACUUGUGCACUUCACAAAAUAGAUGGCAUCAUGAGGAAGUAAAAUUAUGUGGAUAUAUUGAAGCAACAUCUCAAGACAUCAGUCAGGAAGUUAAAGCUUGGUCGCAAAUGGGUCUUCCAAAUGGACAAUGACCCCAAGCAUACUUCCAAAGUUGUGGCAAAAUGGCUUAAGGACAACAAAGUCUAGGUAUUGGAGUGGCCAUCACAAAGGCCUGAUCUCAACCCUAUAGAACAUUUGUGGGCAGAACUGAAAAACCGUGUGCGAGCAAGGAGGUCUACAAACCUGACUCAGUUACACCAGCUCUGUCAGGAGGAAUGGGCCAAAAUUCACCCAACUUAUUGUGGGAAGCUUGUGGAAGGCUACCCAAAACUUUUGACCCAAGGUAAACAAUUUAAAGGCAAUGCUACAAAAUACUAAUUGAGUGUAUGUAAACUUCUGACCCACUGGGAAUGUGAUGAAAUAAAUAAAAACUGAAAUAAAUAAUUCUCUCUACUAUUAUUCUGACAUUUCACAUUCUUAAAAUAAAGUGGUGAUCCUAACUGACGUAAGACAGGGAAUUUUUACUAGGAUUAAAUGUUAGGAAUUGUGAAAAACUGAGUUUAAAUGUAUUUGGCUAAGGUGUGUGUAAUCUUCCGACUUCAACUGUAGGUCUAUUGAUAAUGUCUGACCACCGGCUUUACAACCAAUGAGUUGUUAUGUACGUAGUCUUGAGACUAUCUGGGACUAUACAUUCUUAAUGAAUGAGUAGGAGAGGCGAGGGGGUGGAGACAGAGGGAGUCAGCCUGUGGAUUUCACUGCAGAUUGAAUUACUUAAAUCAAUGAGGGCAUUGACUUCAUUUGAUAUUGACGGCCUAUUCCAAAUAGUUUGAGACCUAUGGUUGGUUGGUUGAUCUACAUGCAGAUUUGCACAUUUGUGAAAACUUUAACAUUUUAGGACAGUUGUGAUAACCAUACCUACAGUAUUGCCUAAUUUCACUCCCCUUUAUGUAUGUGUGCGUGUGUGCAUGCGCGUAUGUGUGUGUGUGUGUCUACUUUUUAGGUAACAUGUUAGAGUGGUGUCUGCCAGGGGACAUGAACCUGGAGGGAGUAGAGUUCAAGGCUAUGGCCAGCGGCUCCCACAGAGUCUCCAGCGACUUCAUGUAAGUACAUCCGGCUGCAUCUCAAUCAUACAAACUGGAUUCCUUUAUUUGUAACCUAUCCUGGGUGCAUCUCAAUAGUAUAAAGUGGCAUCCUUUCUUUGUAUCCUAUCCUGGAUGCAUCUCAAUAGUCUUAAUAGACUUCCUGUCCUAGUCACUUUCAUUGAAACUUAUUUGAAAUCACAGGAAAAGCCAUGAAAUGAACAUGGAGGAACGCUCCCAGGCAUCAGCCUUCUGCCCUGUUCUUUCAUAGCAAAGCUGAUGAUGGAAAGCAUACAGGUGAAGGCGAGGAAUACCUUUUAGACUAAAUAUUUAGAUGCACCUCCUUGGCAGGACAGCAAAACUUAUGGUAAGCAGAAACAACGGCCAACUGGCAGGGCAGUAUGUUCCCUUGGCUUGACUCAUGGUUCUCUCUCUGGCCCCCCACAGAUACUUCCGUAAGGGCGGGUACUUUGGCCUGGCAUGCUUUGCCAACAUGGCGGUGGAGAGUGUGGUGGAGAGGGGUGCAAGAAUGAAGUCUGUCGGUAUCCUGUCAACCUCUUACACCCUGCUGUACCGAUACAUGAGCUUCCUGGAACACCAAGUCAGGUAGAACCUGUUUAAGUUAUAUUAUCUAUCGAUAUUAUAAAAUCUCUCUGUUUUUUUGCUCUCUGUCUUUGUCUCUCUCUUUCUCUCUUUUUUUUGGUCGCUGUUUUUCACACACUCUUUCCCCUCACUCUUUCCUUUUCUGUCACUGGAUCUCUCUCUCUCUCUCUUUCUUGUACUCUCUCUUUCACUCACCCUCUACCCUCAAGUCACAGUCGUCUCACUGCUAUUUAUAAUGAUCUCAUGCAUUAAACAUAGUGUGUGAGAGUCAAGGGGUGUCACACUGCAAUCUGUCACACAUCCUGCUCAACAAGAUAGGCUGAGUCUGAAAUUGGAACCCUAUUCCCGAUAUAGUACACUACUUUUGACCAGAGUCAAAAGUUGUGCUGGCACCGUCUGGUCAAAAGUUGUGCACUAAUAGGGACUAGGGUGUCAUUUUGGACACAGACAUACUGUAGAGUGAAAAACAGCCCUUUCUCUUUUUCGCUCUUCCUCUUUUUAGCCACCCAUGAGAGUAAAUGUAAUUCUUGUUCAUCUGUUCUGUUGCAUAGUUAUCACAUGUUAUGGUUGAACAUUGGCAUUUUUGUAGCUGCUUACAGAAGUAUAUGAGUUCACUAAAAGCCUAUGUACACUAUACUUGCUUGUUUUGUCACAUAAACUGAAAUUAUAAAAAUAAAAAUAAGGACCAUUUUUCAUUUGCAGUAUGUAAACAUAACAUGAUGAACAGGAAUGACAUUUACCGUUAUGAGUGGCCAAUAAGAUGUAUCUGAAAGCCACACCCCAAAUAAGCCACGCCUCCUGAAAAUAACCUAGCCGCUACAUCAACCCAGCACGAGAGUAAAAAUAACCAAUUAUAUUAAUCCAUGUUUGGGUAAUCCCAAUUUGUUGGGUUAUUCAUGCACCCAACUGGCUGGGUCAAAAUAACCCAACAUGUGUUCUGUCGAUUAUUUAACCAGCUCUGGGUUACAAAAUAACCCAAAUUGGGUUGUUUUUAGUACCAUCAUUUUUUUGUAUGAGUAGCAUUCUCAUCUGUUGUUUCAAGGACACUACUGUUGCAUUGAUAGGCCAGGAUGGGAUCCUAACAUGCGGUCUACUUCGCACGCAUACCUCAAAUUUUCAGUUGUCAAGGUUACACACACAGAUCGGAAUUUAGAUGUCAGUCCUUAGUAGAGUUGAAGAGAGAAUGCUGACGAUGUUAGCAUAGCUCGAAGUAGAAGUUGCCCCUAACAACAGAUCAUAUUACCCUACUCCCAAUCCUAUUUUAUCAUUAGGGGGGAUGGAAACAACUGUUCCUGUAUCAGUGGUUAGGAGCAACUUCUACCUACUCUGUUAUUAUAGCGUGACAAGGAGUGACCCCACUAUGGUAAUCUACCCCCAGACUCCUAGACAGACCCAUUCCCAGACAGAUACACAAUGGCUUUACAUUAGAUGGCUACAAAUUAGCCCAAAUCUUGGAUUACCACUGGUUAAUCUAGGGUUAAAUGGACCAUAUUUUGGGAUUAACCCUUCAGAGGUGAUAUUAGAACCCCCUGAUGUGAAUCCCAGUCUCAUUCUUUCUUUCUGCCUGUCUUUUCCUGUCCAUCACAGGCCCUGCUCGAAUAUAAUUACCUGCAUGCAUUCUGCUUACAUUGUCUGUAUUACUUUAAAUUUGUGUGUGUGUGUACGUGUGUGUUUGAUCCAGGCUCCAGUUGAAAACUCCUGGCCAGUACUCUCCUCUGGAGGCGUUCUUUGAGGAUAAGCGAUCAGUGCUUCCCCCCGACGGGGAGAGUGUGGUUACUGCAUGUCCUGGCAGUGCCUGGGAAGCAGCACUCACCCACUGUAUGCACCCUGAGAUGAAGGUGAGAGGGUGUGGUUUACUAUUACGGGAAUAUGAAAUGGUAUUUCAGGUGGCAGGAUUUUGUGUGUGCGUUAUCAUGCUGCUAGUGAUAAUGAUGGUGAUGAUGGUGAUGAUGAUGAUGAUGAUGACAGUACCUCUCCUCCUCCCUCCAGAUCACCCACCCAGCUGGCUGCAUGUCUCAGUUCAUCCAGUUCUUUGGGGAGCAGAUUAUGGUCCUGUGGAAGUUAGCUCUGCUGAGGAGACGCAUCCUCAUCUUCUCUCCUCCACCUGUAGGGGUGGUCUGUUAUAGAGGUGAGGGGGAGCACUAACACAGACACACGCACAGACACACACUGAUACGGACACAAGCACAGACACACACUGAUACGGACACAAGCACAGACACACACCGUAACCUCUGGGUUAUUUUUUUCUUCAUGCUCAAAAGAACACAAUGCUACUCACCUAUGUACUCUUAAACACUUUUAUACAUUUUCAUUAACUUUCUCUAUUUCCUGUCCUCGCUAGUGUACUGCUGCUGUUGCCUGGCCAACGUGUCCAUCCCGGGGGUGGGCGUGGCCGUGCCAGAGUUCCGCCCCUUCUUCUAUGUCAACGUGGCAGACAUCGAUACCCUGGAUACGGAACUGUCCUACGUAGCAUGUGAGUGUCUGGAGUCAGGGAAUAGGCCAGGGCAUCUUCAUAGUCUUAAACGUCCCCUUUAAUUAAUCUGCACUGAUCUGAAAACUAAAGAUGGGUGAAAGCAAUAUGGAGGAUGCCUUGUAGGGUUUCGCUAUCACUUCUUAUAAUAAUAAUAAUAAUAAUAUGCCAUUUAGCAGACGCUUUUAUCCAAAGCGACUUACAGUCAUGUGUGCAUAAUUUUUUUUUUUACGUAUGGGUGGUCCCGGGGAUCGAACCCACUACCCUGGCGUUACAAGCGCCAUGCUCUACCAAUUGAGCUACAGAGGACCACUCACUUCUUCAACCUGUCUAUUUCUUUCACAUCUAUGAGAGACACAGAGCAGAAUACACUUGACAUUUGAUUUACUUUGACCCUAAUUUCAAUAAACCUGAGGGGCUUGUGUGUGUAGGCACCACAGAGAAGAUAUUUGAGGAGAAGCGGGACCUGUAUGACGUCUAUGUGGAUAACCAGAAUGUGAGGACGACCAGAGAGAGUCUGAAGCCUUUACUACGGCUCAGCGCUGCAGACAGAGAGAAGUACCGCAAACUCACUGAACAGAGGUACAGUGCAGUCUGCAAAACAACCUGAGGAGAAUGUUUAUAAUGUUAUCUUCUUGUAGUUGAGACAGAGGAUAUAAGUGAUGAUGAUGAUACUAAUGAUAACAUUGUGUUUCCAGGCAGAUGCUGUUAUAUUCUCAGGAGGAGAAUGGAGACUGUGUGUCCAGUGAAGAGGACCACUUCAUUCUGUGAGUAUAUUACGCCAGGACCCAGUCUACAACUGGCAUUACAAAGAAUCCUUCAAUAGUUUUUUACAUUUAAGUAGUUUAUUUCUAUAUAUAAACAAAUUACAAAUGUCCAUGAUUUUAAAAAAUAUUUUAAAAGUAUUUAUACUUUUUUUAACGUGACUUCUCCCUCCCGUUGUAGGUUUUUCCUGGAGCAGAACAACCGCAUCUUCCAGACGCUGAGUGAGGUUGCAGGGAGCCCUGAGCCCAUCCUAACCCAGGAGAGUGUGAGGGCCAUGGGGCUGGACCCUCACGGAGACAGGCUCUUCCUGCUCCACCUGCUGGAGACAUAUGGUUAUGACAGCCUCCUUAUCACUGAUCAACCUUGCUGCAGCUGA